AUGUUGCGGGAUGUUCUAGCACCGCCGACCUCUCGCAAUUCGGCUACUAACCGCCAUGCAACGUCACACAGUGCAUCAGAAGAGAUGGGUAGUGCGGUGGUGGGUUGUGGUUGUUGGACAGUUAUUCCAACUUCAAUGUUAGCUAUGUUAUUUGUACGGAAUUUAGAUUUCGAGAAGGACAAUGACUAUAGUACAUCAACAACUGUAACGAGUAAAAUUUUGUGUCGAUAUUUUGCAAAUAAUAUCUGUCGUGAAGGUUCUUCAUGUCCAUUUUCCCACGAUCGUAACACUAAACCGGAUCGGACAUGCCGCUACUAUCUUAUUGGAAAAUGUGCUUUUGGUACUUCUUGCAGAUAUGACCAUAAACGACCGCCGUUAGAUGGGAUUAAGACAGUGAAAAGCUCUCCUCGUGUAACAGAAAAUUCUAACUCAACCAAAGUGGUAGAAAAUGAUUGCGGCAGUGAUAAGAUAGCAGCAACAACAGCAGCAACAACAGCAACAGCAGCAACAACAACAACAACAGCAGCAGUAAAUCAAAGCAAUCACGUGUUUUCCGUGGACGCGGCAGAAUUUGUUCCUUCUUGGAAAAUUUUGCCAUUAAACGAAGUUAAUGCUGUUGCUUCGAGGUCGUUUGGUUCGCUACCAUUAUGUCCUUAUUUCGAAACGGGAGACUGUGACAAAGGUGAUAAGUGCCAGUUCGUGCAUGGUGAUGUAUGCGAUCUUUGUAAUGUUCCAUGCUUACAUCCAGUGGAUACAGAACAGCGCGCACAGCAUCGACGGGAAUGCAUGGACGCUCAUGAAGCUGCCAUGGAAGAGGCGUUUGCUGAAGCACGUUCAGCUGGUAAAGUAUGUGACUGUAUCCGACAGUGGCGCCGAAAUCAGAAUGAUCAUUUCGAGAAGAAAACGGUUCGCAGUUGUCCUGAAUGUCGCACUCAUUCAGAUUUCGUCAUUCCCGCCACUUACUGGGUCGAGGAUCAAGCAGAUAAGGAUGAUUUGAUUGCUAGAUUUCGUGAAAAUGCAAAACAGAAGCAAUGCAAAUAUGUGAAAGAAGGAUAUAUCGAUGACUGUCCAUUUGGUAAUAAGUGUUUCUACAAACAUGAACUGCCAGAUGGCACCAUCGUGGAAGGCGAUAGCCCACGAACUCUUCAAAGACGAAGACGUCCGUUAUAUUCCGAAAUAUGGUCAUUUUCUGAUUCAGACUCGGAAGAUGAUUUUUCGAGAAUUGCGCAGGGCAUUAUCAGCCGAGCAUUCAGUCUCUUUAUAUAUAUAGAAGAACUGGAGUGGUUCAUGUAUGUUCCGUUAUUGAACAGCAAGGAAAAGGCUCGAGAAUUGAUUGAUGUCGUUCGAGAACAAACUGAUGCCCCUAUAGGAACAUGUAUAAAUACUGUAUCGAUUAUCUUGAGUAGUUUACUGCGAGAUUUGCCAGACUUAUACAGUCUUCAUGUUAUAAAAAAUGAUUUGGAAAAAGACGAUAUAAUCGAUGUGGAUAAUUGCUAUGAUGCGAAAGUAUUGAAGCAGCUCAUCGCCAGCAUAACAAAUUAUAUUGAAAAUAAAUGUCAGUUAGAUUGGUCUAUUCGGGAUGAUGAAACUCUGAUGGUUAAGUCUCUGCAGCAGUUUUCAGGAUUUCUGGAACUGAAAAACUCAAUACGCAUUGAAUUGCUUUCGACAUUUCACUCACUUUGUUUGUUAGACCGGUCAGUCAUAAUAAUACUGCUUUGUGGACAAUUGCCAGUACUGCUGGUGUUACAAAAUAAUUUCUGCUUGCCACUUACCGAACUUGAUAUAUCAACUUUGCAGUUGCUUUCUGUAUUGUUUUCAACUGGCGAAAAAUUCCCGACUUCACAUUAUG